UUGUUUAUGGUGAAAGCAUGGAGCAAGGGAUACCGGUUUGUUUACGGAAGUAGUGUUGGCUAAGUUUGUGUUUUGCACGCGUUUUUGGUUCACUGCAGUCAGUUUUUGCAGUAACUUUUGAGACAAAAUGGCAGCGCAUUUUAGUGCAAAUCAGUACGAGCAAGCGUUCGACAGCAAGAGACUCCAAAAUUGGCAGCUCCCACAUACAUAUAAAGAGAGGCCGUCGCGUUAUGAGGGCUUCACCCAAAUCAUCGCCAACGACCGGGGUCACCUCCUGGAAGGGGUGCCCAAGUCCACAGAGAACCCAUGGGGGAAGUUUGUGGGCACCUGGGACAUGCCCCUCAAUGUUCCCGGCAACGUGACCACGUUCAUGGCCCGCUCAGACCCGGCCGCCAGGACCAUCGUCCGGGGACGGAUGGAGCAUGCGGAGUUCAUGAGGCAGGCCGCUGGCUCUCCCGUCAAGCAAGCCCAAAAGGCACCAAGUCCCAGGAAGGCCUCUCCCAGUCCACCCAAGACCCCUCCUCCUUCUAAAUCACCCCAAGACAGACCCCAUAGACCAUCGCCGGCAGAAAACGUGGAAAAUGCCUCCGCUUCUCCAAGACCGGCAUCGAAAUCGCCGCAACCAGAGGCAAAUUAACACAUUUCUUUUGUAUAAAUCCACCUGACCAAGUCCAGAAAUUGUUUUUUUAACCGUCGUAAACAGAAGUGUGAAUAAGGAGGAAGGAAAUUUUGGACAGAAUGUUGCAUGCGGACGCCACUUUUUUCAUCAUAUAAUAUCAUCUCAGUGAAGGUCAGUCAUUGCAAAAUUGUUGAAAAGACACAUGAAUCUGGGACUGAGAAACUUUU